AUGGUUGGUGUUCCACGGCAUAUAGCGGAACACCGGCUAAAUGUCUCAGAGGAUGCAAAGCCAGUAGUGCAUGCUAAACGACAUCUGGGAGACAUCAAACAUGAUGCAAUGAAAGAACAAGUGUUAGAACUGCUAAGCGCAGGAAUCAUCAGGGAAGUCCGGUACCAAACGUGGGUAGCAAGCCCAGUCAUGGUAAAGAAACCGAAUGGUAGUUGGAGAAUGUGCGUCGACUACAAGGAUCUGAACAAAGCAUGUCCCCGUGACUGCUAUGCUUUGCCAGACAUAGACGAGAAAAUCGAUUCUUUGGCAACGUUUCGAUGGAAAUGUUUUCUGGAUUGCUACAAAGGAUACCACCAGGUCCAGAUGGCUGUUCAAGACGAGGAUAAAACCGCAUUCCGCACGCCAACGGGGCUAUACUGCUACACCAAGAUGCCGUUCGGCUUAAAGAAUGCAGGUGCUACGUAUCAACGGUUGAUGAACGAAACAUUCAAUGACGCCAUCGGUAAAUACAUAGAGGUAUACAUGGACGAUCUGGUAAUCAUGAGCAGGGAGGAGAGCGCGAUGCUGGCAAAUAUUCAGAAAACCUUCAACACGCUGCGCAGCGUGAGCAUCAAACUAAAUCCAGCAAAGUGCUCAUUCGGAAUGGAGGAAGGAAAGUUUUUGGGCUUCAUAGUCACUAAAGAUGGUUUUAAGGUGAACCCAGAAAAGGUCCAGGCCAUAGAGAGGAUGCCUUCACCAGCAAGCAUCAAAGACAUGCAAAAGCUCGCAGGACGAUUGGCAGCCCUCAAUCGAUUCCUAGCCAACCACGCGGCAAAAUCCUUCCCAUUCAUCAAGACCUUGCGCAACUCCUCCGACAAGGCCGUCGGAGCCGUAUUGCUGGUUGAUCGACAAGGUGUCCAAACACCUGUGUAUUAUGUGUCCAGAACCUUAACCGACCCAGAAACAAGAUACGCAAUCAUGGAAAAGCUUGUCCUUGCACUGAUUCACGCGUCAAGAAGGCUGCGCCGAUAUUUCGCCAAUCACGUCAUCCACGUGUUAACAAAUUACAAUAUUGGGAAUAUCCUAGAAAGGCCGGAAAUAUCAGGAAGGUUGGCCAAAUGGGCGAUAGAGCUAGGGGGACACAACGUAGUCUUCAGACCACGACCGUCAAUAAAAGGCCAAGUUUUGGCAGACUUCAUGACGGAAGUCCCGGAUGACAGAGACAGAGAGUGUAAGGCGAUGGAGAAAGCGGAGAAAAAACAAACCGAAGAGCCAUGGCUGCUGUAUACAGACGGUGCGUCCAACGAAGAUGGGGCAGGCGCGGGGCUACGGCUAGUGAGCCCUGACAAACACGAGUUCACUUACGCCAUACGCCUAGACUUCAAGAGCACAAAUAACGAAGCAGAGUAUGAAGCCUUUCUGGCCGGCUUGCGUUUGGCAAUCAAAAUGGGAGUCCGACAUAUUGAGGCACAUGUGGACUCCAUGUUAGUGGCAGGCCAAAUCAACGGUCAAUACGAAGCCAAGGGCGACAUAAUGGCACUCUAUCUCAACCAAGCAAAGACGUUGCUGCAAACUUUCUAUUCUUACAAGGUACACCACAUAAACCGCAGUGAAAACAAGCCGGCAGACGCCUUAAGCAAGCUUGCGUCGACAAGUUUUCAACACCUAGCCAAAGACGUACGCAUAGAAGUUUUAAGCAACCCGUCUGUUCCACUCCGAGAAGUCAGCGUCAUCCAAACAGGAACCACCUCCUGGAUGACACCCAUCAUCAUGUACUUACAGUCCGGGAUACUUCCAGAAAAUAAAGCUGAGGCGCGGAAAAUCCAGUAUAAAUCAGAACAUUAUCAAAUAGCGGACGGGAUAUUGUACCGCAAGUCAUAUCUCGGCCCGCUGCUUAGAUGUGUCGACGCCGACGACGCAAAUUAUCUGAUCCGGGAAGUACAUGAAGGCAUCUGUGGCAUCCACGCCGGGCCGCGCAUGGUAGUGGCUAAAGUAAUGAACGCCGGUUACUACUGGCCCGGAAUGCACCUCGAUGCCGUGAAGGAAUUAAGAAAAUGCAGCGGCUGCCAACAGCAUGCACCAAAAACCAUGCGUCCAAAAAACGAGUUGGUGCCAGUAACAACCGCAUGGCCCUUUCAGCAAUGGGGCAUAGACAUGGUGGGCCCUUUCCCAGAAGCUCCGGGGGCAGUCAAGUUCAUCAUCGUCGCGGUCGACUACUUCACCAAGUGGGUGGAAGCAAAAGCACUUGCGUCAACCACAUCGGCAGUCGUUAAACGAUUCAUCUGGGAACAAAUCAUAUGCCGUUUCGGCCUACCACUCCGAAUCAUCACCGACAAUGGUACAAACUUUGCAGCAGAUGAUCUCGAACGAUGGUUCAAGGAACUAAACAUUGAACAUACCUUCUCGUCGGUCGCACAUCCGCAAGGGAAUGGUCAAGUUGAAGCAGUCAACAAGAGCAUCGUUGAUGGCAUCAAGGCAAGACUCGGUGAAAAAAGACGAGGAUGGGUCGACGAGCUACCAAGCAUAUUAUGGGCCCAUAGAACAAUGCCCAAGACAAGCAAUGGAGAAACACCGUUCAGCUUGAAAAACCAAGAAAACUGGCUCCCAAAUGGGAAGGCCCGUACAUCAUCGAUGAGGUCCUCGGCAAGGGGGCAUACAAGCUACGCACCAUGA